GCCAGGAGAGGGCGGGGCGGAGCUGUUCAGAGGCCGGAGCGGGGGCGGAGCCGGGCGGGGCGUGACGGGCGGGGGAUCGCGAGCGGCUGGGGUCCUUUCGCGGAGCUACCCGAGGCCCAGGCGAGCGGGUCUGUGCAGCACGGUGGGCGGGCACCGGAGAGGCUAAACAUUUUGAGAUGAGGAAAGUGGAUCUCUGCUUGGGCACUGAAGGGACAGAAGUGAUUUUGGCCACAUCGAGUGAUGAGAAGCAUCCACCUGAGAACAUCAUUGAUGGGAAUCCAGAAACCUUUUGGACCACCACAGGCAUGUUUCCCCAGGAGUUCAUUAUUUGUUUUCACAAACACGUAAAGAUUGAAAAGCUUGUGAUACAAAGUUACUUGGUACGGACUUUGAGGAUUGAAAAGACCACAGCUAAAGAGCCAUUGGAUUUCGAGCAGUGGGUUGAAAAAGAUUUAGUACACACAGAGGGGCAGCUUCAAAAUGAAGAAAUUGUGGCACGAGAUGGUUUCGCCACUUUCUUGAGAUUCAUUAUUGUCUCAGCAUUUGAUCAUUUUGUAUCUGUGCACAGCAUUUCUGCAGAGGGACUAACAGUCUCAAGUCUUCCUUAGUAAUUACAGCAAAACGCUCUGAACUACUUUUAAAAUAUAUUUAUUAAAAUACAAAGCUAUCUUUGAUGUGUUUACUAUUAAAUAGAUUUGUAUCUCUGUUUCCAUUUUUUUAAUAAAGGAAGAAUGAGUUAUUCCU